AGGUAUACUUUGCUUAGCAUUAUUUUUAAAUAUUGCCAAGCAUAACAUCCAUUCCAGCUUCCCACUUCAAGCCCCACUCCUGUGCCAGCACUAAGGUUGUAUUCUCCAGGAUCCAGAGCCUCACUUUGUAGUGGGGAGUUAGUGGAAUGAUUAAUCUCCAUGGCUUCCACUGCAAAUCCAUCUCACUUUGCCAAGUCUGCCAACGUGGCCAUAUUCACAUAUGGAGUCUUAUGUUAUGAAAGGAUGUACUAUAUACAAGCAAUCUAAAGAAAACAGUAAACACAGUUUUCCUGCAUACACAUUCUUAAUCACAAAAAUAGCUAGAUCCAAAUGCCUACAAGGUAACCCUACUUUUAACAAUCAUCCAAUCAUCAUGCACAACUCCCCUUGACAAUUCCCUUUGCCCAAAAGAAAUUCAUGCAAUUUGGUCAUUUGGCUUAAAUUGACUAAUUCAAUUGUGAUUCUGGAGCCAUGGGUUAUUUUGCUUGUGAUUGGGACUGAUUCAUUUAGAUAAGCGUUAUUUGGAGUUUUCUUAAUGAGAUAGACUCUGGUGGCAGCUUCCAGAAGCACAGAAAGAGAAAUAACCACCACUAGGAUCUCUUACACACUCAUCUCUGCUGCUUCUAUUCCAGACUUAAGCAUGACUUAAAAUCUGAGAACUGAAAAAGUCACUGCAGAAAGGUUGCAUGUGUGCUAUUCAAUUUAUUUGUUUAUGAUGUUUAAUGUUUAUCACCUGUCUACCAUCCCCAGAAUUUAAGCUCCUCUGGGUCAGGAAUCCUUUUUGUUCACAAAUGUAUGUCAACUACCUAGAACUGCGCCUGACACAAAGAAGGCUCUCAGUAUUUAUUGAAUGGUUGGAUUUAUCUCAAGUGCUUCAUCGUCCAUGUCUUUCUUCCCCAUGAGAAAAAAUGAGGAAACAGGUGCUCUCAGUGACUGAGAAAGGGUGAGGGCUCAGUCUGCAGAAUCGGAGCUGAGGCCCUGGACAGAUCCCCAACCUGAGGCUCCCUAAAGGUUUCAGGCGACGGUCUUGAAAUCCCACCCUCUGGGCGGGCUCUGGGCAGAGUGUGCCGUCUCUGAUUGGUCAGCAGACGUGAUGGGCAUGCGAAACAGCGAAGGAAGAACCGCGCCCUGAGCUUCCGGGAGCGGCGGUUGCAAGACUAGGAGAACCGUUGCGUUGGUGGUUGCCGGUGUUGUGCCUGGAAGGUUUGAGCAUGAGUAUGGCAGAAGGGGACACCCUGAUAUCGGUGGAUUAUGAAAUUUUUGGGAAGGUGCAAGGGGUAUUUUUCCGCAAGUAUACUCAGGCUGAGGGUAAAAAGCUGGGAUUGGUAGGCUGGGUCAAGAACACUGACCAGGGCACCGUGCAAGGACAACUGCAAGGUCCCAUCUCCAAAGUACGUCAUAUGCAGGAAUGGCUGGAGACAAAAGGAAGUCCCAAAUCACACAUCGAGAGAGCAAACUUCAACAGUGAGAAAGCCAUCUUAAAGUUGGAUUACUCAGAUUUCCAAAUUGUGAAAUAAUGACCUGAAUUUAAAUUUUCCAAGAUAAACUCAGUGGUUUUGUUUUUAUUGUUAAUAGAGAUAGACUUAUUCUAUAAUAUGUGUUCAAUAUUAGAAUUUGUCAGUGUUAUUUUAUUAUCAUAUACUUGAAUAUUACUGUGUAUUAUAUGUAUGAUAGAAGGAUUACAACUGUACACAAUUCUAAUUAAUAAAAACACAUUAGAACCUUC